AUGGAAGGCACGCAUACUGUCCUUCAAUUGCACAAACCCAUUAUGGAGCUUUGUUACGUCAGCUUCUAUCUUCCAGAGGGAAAAGUCAGAGGAUUUACUUACAAGGGCUGUGUAACUCUGGAUAGAACCAGUAAACGUUUCUGUAGCUGCUAUCAAGUAAGACAGAGGUUAGAGAUGGAGCUGAGAGAACAGCCAUAUGAAAACUUUGGAGAUAUUGUUUUCAAGCAAACUACCACGAAAGACAUUCUCAUUGAACUGUACAAACUAACUGCUGAAAAAGAAAAACUGUUAUCCAGUCUUUUGAGAUCACAUCAUAUUCUGGGCCUUAACACAGGACAUCAGGAGGAAAAGCGACAGGAAGUUUUUGGAGUCCCAAAGCUUAAAGGUGGCAAGUAUUCCAGUUUUACACAUCAGCAGGAGUUCUUUUUGGAUUCCACAAAUAGAGACAAUUUGAAUCACAAAAAAAUGAGGAAAUGUAGAAGUAAAGAGAGCUUUGAGGAGUUCAGACACCGGAAAGGGGGAAAAAAGAUAUAUGAACAACAUCUUUCUUCACUGAGUAUGCAAGACAUGCAACUGGAAAACAAGAAGGUACUCCCCACAAGAUUUCCUACUAGGAGUUUUCCCUGUUCCUUUUCUGCCUCCAGUUGGUUAACAGGAAAAAGUAAGGAUGAUUUACCAGUGGACUACAGUAUACAACCAGAAAGGUGGAUAGAAGAGGAGUGUUUUCUUGAGAGCAGCAAAGCUGUGAAACUGGAUGCUGACUUACCAAGUUCUAGCUCAAAAGACAACAAUGACAUGGUCGCAGUUGAACUAGUGGAUAGUGGAGAAUGCAUUCCUGAAGUUAUGAAGGUACAACAGAGUAUCACUUUGGUAAAGUCAUCUCAGGAUCAUCUAACAAACAAACCUGAGACAUUAAGUAAAUCUGCAACUGCUAAAAGCUUGAAAAGUAGCAAGUAUACUGAGCUGGUAUGCAAGGAUAAACCAGGAAUCACAGCUGUUGCUGAAAUACAGGAUUCAGAAGCUUGUAUUAAAAAAGUUGCCAAACACCCUGCAGAGUCUUUACCUGAUUUUCACAGAGAUAAAGAAACUAUUUCUCCUGUUCUACCAACAGUACGUAAUGAGUUUAUAUCAAGAACUGAUAUAUACUCCAUAGGUGAAGCUGCUGGAGAUGCUAGAAGCACUGUGCUGCAGGAAAAGCAGCGAGACGGCUCUGGUUUGCAGUACAAAGCAGAGAGGGCACACGUUACUGAUGAGUCAUGCAACCUUGUGGGAGCAGUCAAUAAAGCUCUUCUGAAAGUUAUAAGGAGUGACAGUUUAGAUGAAGCUGCAGAAUGGAAGAGACUGCAACAAAUUACAAGAGUAGACAGAAACCUGCCAGGCUCAAUAUAUGAGAAAAGAACCACGGUAUCCCGGGGAAGCAGCAAGCAUUUAUUUUUGAACCUGCCUGUAAAUGAAAGUCCUGAUAUUUCUCAGACAAGUAAUAAUCUUAAACUGGAAGAGAAAAGGCUGCAUUCACCCUCGUUGGUAGCAGUGAGUAAUGUUUCUAGUAAUUCAUAUCUGCUAUCUAAUACACACAAACAAAUGUCACCUAUUCCUUCUCCGUUAUCUUCGAGACUGCCUAGCCCGCAGCUGCAUCAUCGGAUACUCCCAUUAACAACACAGAACACUGAGGACGAAUCUAUGUUCCGUGACUAUGGCAGUGGGAGACAUGGUGCUAUAAACCUCUCUUUCAGUGACUUGGAGCCACAGUUUUAUCUGAAGUUUUCUGAACCUGGAGAAUUGGGAUUUGCCACCAGACAACCAGGCCUACAUCAGAAUGCAACAGCAGGGCAUUUUGAAAAGCAUGCUGUACAAGAAAAGUUAACUACUCAGACACAGCAGAAUUUCUGUCCAGCAGAGUCUGCUUUAAAGGAUGACUUCACUGAACGGCUGACUCAUUUAGAUGUGGGAAACAGAGAUGAAGAUACCUGGGUUUUGGAUUGCAGAUUGGGGCAUUCAAAUCCGUUUGCUCAUUCAAGUGAGAAAGAGAAGAUCAACAGAAAUGUGUUGCAUUUGAGCCUGGAACUGAAUGGCGCUCACCCGAGUUCACUCUGGCUGGCCGAAAACUGGGGACUCUGCACAGGUUCCGAGCCGUGGCACUGGAAGCUUCAGAUUCGUUACCUCAGAAGCAGAGUUUGGAGACCUGACGGGCACUUUGGCGGCCGGCUGCAGCGCUGGAAGCGGAAGGAGGAGCAGGGUGACCUGGCGGAGGCUGGCUGCCUUCGCAGGGCAGGGAAGCGCUGCCUGUUGCAGUGCCUGUAG